AUGCUACUGGCAGACGAAACGGACAUUGACGCCCCUGCGCCGCCCAUCGACCCCACCAAGCCGGCAGUCGAGGUCUCCCAUGCCUCCUUUGCCUGGAGCGCUGCUCCCUCUGCUGCUCCUACUGCUGCUGCUAAUGGAACUGCUUCUAACGGUGCUGCUGGGGGGGGCUCAGGAGCAGAAAAGGGAGGUGGAGGAGGGGGAGACGGCAAGGAGAAGGGUGGAGUGGGAGGGGAGGGGAAGGAGAAGGACGUGGGGGGCACACUAACAGAUGUGACUCUAUCGGUGGAGCCUGGGAAGCUGGUGGCUGUUGUGGGCGCCACAGGGCAAGGCAAGUCGUCGCUGGUCAGUGCGCUGCUGGGCGAGAUGCCCAUGGUGGCAGGGGACUCUCCUCCUAUCAUCAGAGGCCGCGUGGCCUAUGUCUCACAGGUCUCCUGGAUCUUCAACGCCACAGUGCGCGAGAACAUUCUUUUCGGGCUGCCCUACGAGCAGCAGCGGUACGAGCGGGCAGUGAGAGUGAGCGCCCUGGAGAGGGACCUGCAGCUGCUGCCAGGGGGGGACCUCACGGAGAUAGGCGAGAGGGGAGUGAACGUGAGUGGCGGGCAGAAGCAGCGCAUCAGCAUCGCGAGAGCGGUCUAUUCUGACGCCGAUGUGUUCUUCUUCGAUGAUCCGCUCUCCGCCCUCGACGCCCACGUCGCCAAGCAGGUUUGGGGUUUGAGGGCAGUGAGAGUGAGCGCCCUGGAGAGGGACCUGCAGCUGCUGCCAGGGGGGGACCUGACGGAGAUAGGCGAGAGGGGAGUGAACGUGAGCGGCGGGCAGAAGCAGCGCAUCAGCAUCGCGAGAGCGGUCUAUUCUGAUGCUGAUGUCUUCUUCUUCGAUGAUCCGCUCUCCGCCCUCGACGCCCACGUCGCCAAGCAGGUGUACGACACGUGUGUGAGGACAGAGCUUGCCGGCCGCACGCGCAUCAUGGUCACAAACCAGCUGCACUUUCUGCCAGCCGUGGACUGGGUGGUGAUGGUGGAGGGGGGGCGCAUAGCAGAGCAGGGGCCGUAUGUGCAGCUGAAGGCGUCGGCACCCAAGUUCCAGAGGCUGCUGGAGAAGGCAGGCGCGCUGGAGGAGCACGGGGACGCGGAGGUGGGGGGGGAGGGAGGGGAAACAGCAGGGGACGCGGGCAGUGGUGGAGGUGAGACGAGCGCUGAAGCGGCAGCGGCAGCUGCAACAGCUGGCAGCAGCAGUAGUGGUGGUGGUGGUGGCAGUGACUCUGCUGCAGCAGCGAACGGCGAUUCUCGCAGCAGCAACCGGGCUGGGGAGAAGAGCGGAGCGGGGAAGGGGGAGAAAGGCGGGGCAGGGGGAACGACCCUAGUCCAAACAGAGGAUAAGGCGCAGGGGGUGGUGAGCGCGGCGGUGGUGUGGCGGUAUGUGAGGGCCAUGGGGGGGACGGGCGUGCUGGCGGUGCUCAUCUCGCUCUACGUGCUCGUGGAGGCCGCCAGGGUGCUGGCCAGCGUGUGGAUCAGCGUGUGGACGGGGAGUGUUUCUCAGGAGGAGGGUGGUGGGCAUGGGUCGCUGUAUUUCGUGGCGGGGUAUUCGCUCAUCUCGCUGGGCCAAGUGCUGCUCACCUUCGCCAACCAAUACUUCCUCGUGUUCUCCUCCCAGCGAGCGGCCCGUCGUCUGCACGAUGCCAUGCUGGCGGCCAUUCUCCGCGCCCCCAUGUCCUUCUUUCACACAAACCCCGUGGGUCGUCUUAUUAACCGCUUCACUAAAGAUACAGCCGACAUCGAUAAAAACCUCGCGCAGUACACGUCGCUGUGCCUGGGCGGCAUCUUCCAGCUGCUCUCCACCUUCGCCCUCAUCGGCGUUCUCAACACCGUCGCCCUCUGGGCCAUCGUGCCGCUGCUGCUGCUCUUCUAUAUCGUCUACCUCUACUUCCAAAGCACCGCACGGGAAGUCAAGCGCUGGGACUCGGUGACGCGCUCUCCCGUCUACUCACAGUUUGCGGAGGCACUGAACGGGCUGGCAACCAUCAGGGCGUACAGGGCAGCGCAGCGCAUGGCGGGGAUGAACGGGGGGGCGGUGGACCGCAACACGCGCUUCACCCUCGUCAGCAUGAGCGCCAACCGCUGGCUCGCCAUCCGCCUCGAAUUCCUGGGCGGACUCAUGAUCUUGGCCACGGCGGUGUUUGCAGUGAUGGAUGUGCAGCGGGCGGGCGACCAGGCAGCACUGGCGCCGGUGAUGGGACUCAUUCUGUCGUACGCGCUGCAAAUCACUGCCAUGAUGACCAUGGUGCUGCGCCUGCUCUCCGUCGCUGAGAACUCGUUCAAUGCGGUGGAGCGGGUGGGCAGUUACGCUGACAUCCCCGCCGAGGCGCCGGCCAUCAUUCCGAGCCACCGCCCGCCGCCCGGGUGGCCGCAGCAGGGGGAGGUGUUAUUUGAGGACGUGGUGAUGCGGUACAGGCCAGACCUGCCACCCGUGCUGAGAGGGCUCAGUGCCCUGGUGCAGGGAGGAGAGAAGGUUGGAGUGGUGGGGCGCACUGGGGCAGGCAAGUCGUCCCUGUUCAACUCACUCUUCCGAUUGGCCGAGAUCGAGAGCGGGCGCAUCUGCAUCGACGGUCAGGAUCUGAAGCUGUUUGGAGUGACGGACGUGCGCCGUGCGCUCAUGAUCAUCCCCCAGACGCCCGUGCUCUUCACUGGCACGCUGCGGUUCAACCUGGAUCCGUUCAGCGAGCGCAGUGACAGCGAGGUGUGGGAGGCGCUGGGCAGGGCGCACCUGAGGGAGGUGGUAUCUCGCAUGCCGCUGGGGCUGGACACAGAGGUGGCAGAGGGAGGGGAGAACUUCAGUGUGGGGCAGAGGCAGCUGAUCAGCCUUGCACGGGCGCUGCUGAAGGAGUCGCGAAUUCUGGUGCUGGAUGAAGCGACGGCAGCCGUUGAUGUGGGCACGGAUGCGCUGAUCCAACGGACGGUGCGCGAGGAGUUCAAGGGGCGCACCAUGCUGACCAUCGCCCACCGGCUCAACACCAUCAUGGAUAGCGACCGGAUCCUGGUCAUGGAUGCUGGCAUGGCCUUGGAGUACGACACGCCAGCCAAUUUAGUCCUGAACGAGGCCAGUGUCUUCGCAGCAAUGGUGCGCAGCACGGGCCCUCAGACCGCCAAGUAUCUGCGCAGUGUGGCGCUGGGGGAGGUGGCGCUAGCAGACGAGCUUGCCGACCGGGCGGCGGUGCAGGAGAAGCAGAUGGCGCGCGAGGCGGCCAAGUGGCGGUGGGCCACUGCCGCCCAGUGGGCCCUGGCUCUCACGCUCACCUCCUCACAGAGGGAUCUGCAGGCCAUGUGCAACGACAGUGAGGGGGAGGAGGGAGAGAGCAACGCACUUGUGGCCGUCACACAACCACCGACCUUCCAGAGAGGCGUGCUGGAAGAGACAAGGGAUGCCGCCCAGGUGCUGCAGGCGGUGCUGUCUGGGCAGCGCAGUGAGGAGAUCUCAUCAGCGCUGACGAGGCGACAGCUGUCGGAAGACAAGUGGUGGACGGCUGUCAGCCGCGUGGUGCAGGGCCUAGCCCUGAUGGCGAGGCAGGUGCAGGCGAAGCUCGAGGCGGACGGCAGUCUGAGAGACUCCGCCAGCUCAGCAGGGGCGGCGGCGGGCGGCAGGAAUUGCCGCAGAAAGCAGAAGCUUCGAUUUCCCAGAGGCGGCAGCUUCGGAUUCGAUCGCCGCCCGGAAAUCCGUGAGCAGGGCGGAGACCAGGGUGGCGUUGCCCGUUGUGUACUUCCAGUAGACAUCCAGGCCGUCAAAGCUGUACGUGCGGGCGAGGGCGAUCGCGGAUUGAAUAAAGGCAGAGCGGGAGGACGGGGAGGAGGAGGUGUUGCCGAUAACGUUGUUGUCAAAAACGUCGACAUAGCCGCUGAUGGAGAGGAGGGUUUUGAUGGCGGGGUUGGCGGCCUUUACAGCGGAGUUGAAGCGCCGAUAGAGGCCCUGGGUCACAUCGACGGCUGGGUUGGAAGGGACGACCUGGAAUGGGGAGGGAAGAAACAUGGGAGCCCAGUAGAGGGGGGAGCGGAGCCGGUUGGGGGGGGAGCGGAGCUGGUUGGGGGGGGAGCGGAACCGGUUGGGGGGGGAGCGGAGCCGGUUGGUGGGGGAGCGGAGCUGGUUGGGGGGGGAGCAGAGCCGGUUGGGGGGGGAGCGGAGCCAGUUGGGGGCGGAGGUGAGGCGGACGGGGCCGGCGGAGAAGCGGAAGGCGGAGAAGGGGAGGAGGAUGGGGGAGGAGGAGGGGGGGAAGGGGAUGUGGUAGGAGGCGGAGUGGGCGAGGAGGCAUAA